AUGGCGACAGCUAACAUCCCCUCCAUUGCCGUGGUGGCCUCCUCGCGUGCCGUUAUCUCUGGCCGUCUGACCUCGGCCACAGUUGUCAUCUCUCGCACCACUGGCAAGAUCACUGCCGUCUUUGACUCCGUGAUCCCGGCUUCGGAGUUCCCCGCCGACACACCUUAUACCGACUACUCACCCAAUGUCCUCCUUCCCGGUUUGGUCGAUGCUCAUGUUCACCUGAACGAACCUGGCCGUACCGAAUGGGAAGGCUUCUACACCGGUACCCAGGCCGCUGCCUUUGGCGGUGUUACCACCGUGAUUGACAUGCCUCUGAAUGCUAUCCCACCCACCACUACCGUGGCCGGUCUGAAGGAGAAGCUCGACGCUGCCUCGGGCAAGUGCUGGGUUGAUGUGGGUUUCUACGGUGGUAUUAUCCCCGGAAAUGCUCACGAGCUCAAGGCACUUGUCCAAGAGGGUGUCCGUGGUUUCAAGGGUUUCUUGAUUGAUAGUGGCGUGGACGAGUUCCCUGCUGUUGGCCAAAAGGAUAUUCAAAAAGCUAUGGCUGAGCUUGCAGAUGAGCCCACAACCUUGAUGUUCCACGCCGAGAUGGUGCCCCCCAUCACCAAUCAUCCGCCCCCCCCAGCUGCCCCGACUGGUCCCCUUGAGGCCUAUUCGACCUUCCUGGACUCGCGGCCCUCGGAGUUUGAGACAUGCGCCAUUGAGAGUAUCAUGUCCAUCGCUCACCUUGCCCCCAAUCUCCAAUUGCACAUCGUUCACCUGUCCGCCAUGGAGGCCAUUCCCAUCCUUCGCGAAGCCCGUGCCCGCGGCGUGAAGGUUACUGCUGAGACCUGCUUCCACUAUCUAUCCCUGGCCUCCGAGCAAAUCCGUGAUGGUGAUACCCGCCACAAGUGCUGCCCUCCUAUUCGCUCCCAACUUAACCAGGAUGGCCUGUGGGAAGAACUCGAGCAGCACGCUGGGGACGGUGUCAUCAAGACGGUCGUCUCUGACCACUCUCCUUGCACACCGAACCUGAAGCAACUGCCUUCCCACAUUCCCGGUUACUUCGACACCGGUAAGGAGGAGACCGGCGACUUCUUCUCCGCCUGGGGUGGCAUCUCCUCCGUCGGCCUCGGCUUGCCUAUUCUCUGGACUGAACUCAGCCGCCGCAAGGGCUUGACCCCCUCCACCGAGGACGAGAACACCAAGAAAGCCCUGCAAGAUGUUGUCCGCCUCUGUUGUGCCAACACUGCCGCCCAAGUCGGUCUGGAGACCCGCAAGGGUGACCUGCGUGUCGGCUUCGAUGCUGAUAUCUGUGUGUUCGACGACUCUGCUGAAUGGAUCGUCGAGCCCAGCACCAUGCUUUUCCGCAACAAGUGCUCUCCUUACCAGGGUCGCACGCUGCGCGGUAUGGUUCGCGAGACUUGGCUUCGUGGUGAGCGGAUUUUCAGCCGCGAGAACAACUUCGGCGACAAGGGUCCAGCCGGCAAGCUCCUCCUCGAGAAACGAGUUUGA